AAAUUCUAGUUCUUGCUACGAAAUUCAUUUUGACAAAAUUAAUUUUGUCACAAUAAGUUCACUUGUUGUGACGAAAUAUAAUUUUGUAGUAUCAAGUCGCCGACAGUGGAGUUGUUGUGACAAAAUCAAUUUUGUUAUGAUAUUUUGUCACAACAAGAAUGGCGGGAAAAUUUCUUGCCGGCCGGAAUUGGAUGUUGUCACGAAAUAAUUUUGUCACGAGAAGUUUGUCACAAUAAAGGAAUGUUUCGGAUAUACCAUGACAAAAUCGUUUGUCACAACAUUAAAUUAUUAUUGCUACAAUUCAUUUUGUUGCAAAAGAUUUGCGAUUGCACAUAUAGUGACAAAAAAAAUUUGCUUGCUAUUGCUGUAGGUACUUGCAACAAAAUUAUUUGUCACAAGAGAUUUAAUUGUUGUGACAAAAUUUCAUGUGUGGCAACAAAGAUACAAGAGAGAGCUAUGAUGACAAUACUGAUUUCGUCACGAUAGUUGGUCGCAAUAGUUUUAGUCUUGCUACCAAAUAUUUUUGUCACCAUAAAUUUGUGGCAAUAAAAUUUUAUUUAGAUUAAGGUUACAAAAUAAUUGGUCACAACAAUGAAUUACUAUUACUGCAAAAUAUUUUGUAACAAAAUCGUCAUGAUUGGACACAUUUAGGUUUAUAGGCAAUACACCGUUAUACUCAGGCCCGACCCAAGGGCAAGGCCUAAGAGGCCUAGUCCUAGGGCCCUCAAAUUUGGCCCCAAAAGAGGGCCCACCCGUUAAAGGAAGUUAUAUAUAUUACUUGUUUGCAAUACAAAUCGUAUAAGCUUCCUUGGUUCAAUGGUACUAAAAUGAGGAUUGAUCGCACACCUUGGCUGGGCUUGAUUCCCAUUCUAGACAUUCUUUUAAAUUUUUAUUUAGCAAAAGAUAGGUUUGUGGAAAAAUUUGUGGCUAAUAAGAUUCGAACUUGUGCCUAAUAGAUCACAAGCGAACACCCAAACAACUGAACCAAAACAUAUGUUACAAUUGUGAAAUGUUGUCCAGUAUAUUUAUAUAAUUAUAUAUAGAAUUAUCUCUUAUUAUUGUUUAUUUGUAAAAAAUUUAAGGCCCUACUUAAUAAAUUGGCCUAGGGCCCCCAAAUACUUUGAUCGACCCUGCUUAUAGUGCCCCACCCAAGACCUUUGUUUGCGAUGUCAACCAUUUAUCUUCUACAUUUUAGAGAAUAGUUCUUUGCACAAACAACAAAAAGUAAUCACAUACCAAAUAUUUAAUUUUAUUGUGACACAAAUAUUUGAUAUAUGAAUGUGUGGACAUAACAUACAGAUAAUUAAUGUGUAAAACUUAAAGAGUAGCGUAUGAGGUAUUUGAUUAUAUGAAUUCAUGGUGUACACUACAACAAACUAGGGAUGUUGUGACUAGUUUUUUUUUUUUUUUUGGCGACCAACAGAUAUUAGUCUCUAGAAAUUUACAUUUUGCAAUCAAAACUGUCUAUCUGUUACAUAAUAUGAAUUAGAUAGUUCUUAGAAAUGAUGAGGGUAAUUGGGUAUAGUUAGACACUUGAUCGGACAGAAAAUAUGAUUUUAUUUAUUUAUUUGAAUCCAGAUGAAGGAGCUUUCUGAACCCAAUCGAGUCAUAAAUUUACAUGAAUGAUUUAAUCGACAAGUACAAGGAAAUCAACGGUAUCGAUCGUCAUGGUUGUGUCAUAGUCGCGUGGCUACUACACAUUCAACUACAUUAGAUGACUUAGUUUACUACCAAGUAAGUUGAACGUAUAGAUUUCAAAGGUCAUUGCUGAGUCUAUUCUUAUAAUAGGUGAUCUAAACCGUUAGAAUUUCUUAUCUUACCAAUUCCAUCAUUGGUACCCUAAAUUGAAGAUCAUUAGAAAUUGACAACCAUGUGAUCAGAGGACAUUCAAUGUGUCCGAUGUUAUUAAAGUCUUGUAAUGCACCACCUGAUCACCGCCCAAGGUAUUUCUUUACAAUUGGAACCUUCUAUCUUUUGAAUCUUGUAGAGGAGAUCAUUCAUACCAAUAAUGAAGUUUAUCGGACACCCGUAACACCUCAUUGGAAUAGUUUAGUCAUGCAAACUAAUUAGACUCAUAGUUUUUCUAUAUAAAAGUGUUUCAAUAAGGUAGUUGCAGUUAUCCAACGGAAUUGAUUUUUUACAAGUCCACUCAAAAAAAUAUUUAAAAGUUAAUGAACGGUUUGGAUCACUUGUGCGGUACUUUAAGGUGGGCCCCGUAUUUCGGGCGGUACCCAGCGGUACCAUUGUGUAUGUACUGACAGAUUUUUUUGGAUCAAUAAAACCUUAAUUUCAGAUUUUUCCCAUGAAAAUUGAACGCUAUAAGCUACACUAAAAAAUUUCGCGGUCAAAGAGUUAGACGAUUUUUUCUCUAUCGGUUCUCCUAUCACCGACUAAAAUUUUGCGCGCUAAAGGAGUUAGCGAUUUUUGCUCUGUUGGUUCUCCUAUCAACCCCGAUUCCUUUAAAUUCGCUCUUAACACACCUCUUCAGUCUAGGGUUUUGAAGCUUUAGCGGAUUUUAGUGGAAAAAGUUUUGAUUGAGAAGAGUUUUCAUCUCAAGGGUUUUGAAGCUUCGGCGGAUUUCAGAGAGAAAAGUUUUGCUUGAGAGGAGUUUUCAUCUCAAGGAUAGAUCAUGGACAAAAGUUGGAUGCAACUUAAAGACAGAUGGUGUUCGACAUACGUUGAAGGGGUGAGAGAUUUUCUGCGAAUUGCAAACACUUAUGCUGGUCAGGGUGGCAAAAUCCAAUGUCCAUGUAAAAAGUGCAACAAUGUGUACAUUAGACAACCACAUGAAGUUAAGCAACAUUUGUUUUUGCAUGGUAUUUUGGAGGAUUACUCUCCAUGGAUACAUCAUGGUGAACCUUCAUAGUCGCGUGAUCAAAAUGAAGCUAAUGAAUUAUGUGAAGAGGACGGGCGAGGUGACUGGGAUGAGAACCCGUAUAAUGAUGUUCACGAAAUGUUAGAUGAGUUACAGACGGGGACAUUUGCAAAUGCUAGGGCGGCUGAAGGAUCAAGUAGUAAUCCGCCUAAUGUCCCUGAAAGAGAAGUGGACAAAUUUGAGAGAUUGUUGAGAGAUGCAAAGUGUGAGUUGUAUCCGGGUUGCGAAAAUUACUCUAAAUUGUCUUUCCUACUGAAGAUGCUUCAUUUGAAAACAACUCAUAAUUCUUCCAACAAACUGUUCAAUAGUAAUUUAAAGUUGUUUAAGGAUGCUCUUCCAAAUGGUGAGACACUUCCAAAAUCCUAUUAUGAGGCAAAGAAGUUAAUGCGCGAGCUUGGCCUUGGUUAUAUCUCCAUACAUGCAUGUCCAAAUAACUGUGUCCUAUUUUGGAAGGAAAACAAAGAUUUGCAACAAUGUCCGAAUCCGGAUUGUGGCGCUUCUAGAUGGAAACAUGCUCCAGGUAAGCGUAAAAAGAUUCCUCAAAAGGUAUUAAGAUACCUUCCUUUAAAGCCUAGGCUUCAGAGGUUAUUCAUGUCCGCAAAAACUGCGCAAGAUAUGAGGUGGCAUAAAAAUAAGUGCUUUCAAGAAGAGAAUAAAAUUAGGCAUCCGGCAGACGCCAAGGCAUUGCAAGAUUUUAACAAAAAGCAUGAGUGGUUUGCUCAAGAUCCUCGCAAUGUGCGACUUGGACUUGUAAGUGAUGGAUUUAAUCCAUUUGGCAGUAUGAGUAACAAUUAUAGCAUGUGGCUUAUGAUUCUUAUGCCUUAUAACUUGCCUCCUUGGAAAUGUAUGAAAGAACCAUUCUUUAUGAUGUCGUUGCUUAUACCUGGACCAGACUCUCCAGGUAAUGAUAUCGAUGUCUAUUUACGGCCAUUAAUCGAUGAGCUGAAAGAAUUGUGGGAAACUGGAGUCGAGACAUAUGAUGCAUAUAGUGGUGAGACAUUCCAGUUACAUGCCGCGGUAUUGUGGACUAUAAAUGAUUUUCCUGCUUAUGCGAUGUUGUCUGGGUGGAGCACCAAGGGGAAAUUGGCAUGUCCAGUUUGCAACAACGAUACAUGUUCUCUGACACUAAAGAAUGGACAAAAGCAAUGUUACAUGGGCCAUCGUCGAUUCUUGGAUCACAACCAUGUUUGGCGGAGAAGUAAAAAGUUUGAUGGUAAGCAAGACCAUAGGUCAAAACCCGAAAUAUUGUCAGGGGAGGAUGUCCUUAGGCAACUGACCCAUUUUUCAAAUAUAAUAUUUGGGAAGCCACCUAAUAAGAAGAAGCGAAAGCGUACAUAACAAGAGUUGAAUUGGACAAAGAGAAGUAUAUUUUUUGAAUUGCCAUAUUGGAGCACUCUUAUGUUGAGGCAUAAUCUAGAUGUCAUGCACAUCGAGAAGAACAUAAUGGAGAUAUUGCUAGGGGCAUUGUUGAAUAUAGAGGGCAAGACUAAAGAUUUAGUGAAGGCUUGCUUGGAUUUAGAGUUAAUGGGUAUAAGACAGGAAUUGCAUCUACAACGAGUUGGUGAUAGGUAUUUGAUGCCACCUGCAUGUUACACUUUAGCUUUGCCAGAAAGAAGGAAAUUUUGUGAAUGGUUGAGCUCUGUUAAGCUUCCAAAUGGGUAUGCAUCAAACUUGUCUCGUUGUGUAAAUGCUACCACUACUAAAAUAUCAGGGAUGAAGAGCCAUGAUUACCAUGUAUUCCUACAAAGGUUACUUCCAAUUGCAUCACAUGGGUUUUUACAAAAGAUGUGCACACUGUUUUAUCUGAGUUGAGCUAUUUUUUUAAA